CAUAGAGGCUCGGCGAGCGAGUAAUCUGGCAAACUGACCACACUAAACUAGCUAGUCACGGUAGCUCGCGAGGAAAAUAAUAACAAUAAGCGAAAAGAAUUCCGGUUUAAUACGUAAACGAUUCCGUAGCGAAUGUAUAAAAAUCAGUCGGAAGGUGAUCUCUGUUACCGAUGCCCGCUCAACGGUAGUUGAUAAUGCUGAAGAUGAGGCUGCCAGCGGCGGAGGGAGACAACGACGCGGCCGAAGGCGAGCGACGGGAAAACAACAGCGGCGAGCCCGGCUUCCUCCCUUUUAACCCCGCGUUGGAUGACGAGGUGGGCCGCAGACAGGCGCGCGCUCCCCGGCAGCUCGACAAGGAGGCGGUGUUCGAGUGGUUCGGCUUGCGGCUCAGCCCGGCCAAGCGCGUGGAGUUCAUGUGCGGUCUGCUCCACAUGUGCCAGCCGCUCGAGCUGCGCUUCCUGGGCUCGUGUCUCGAGGACCUGGCGCGCAAGGACUUCCACAUCCUGCGCGACGUCGAGGCUCGCGCUAACAGCCCCGCCGACCUGCGACUCCUCACUGACGUCGCCGACCCGGUCGUGCUCUCGCGGCUGCUCGUCUGCCUCUCCCUGCUCGGAUCUAAGAACCGGGAGUGUGCCGGGAUCCUUUUCGGCACGCUCAGCCGAAUCGACCUCCUGCACUCGAGGAGUUGCUGCGGGUUGAAUUUACCCGAACCGGGACCGGCUGCGGCUCCGCUGGAGCAGCUGGCGUUGCUCUUCGCCAUGGCCUCGCUGCACCCGGCAUUCACUUUCCACCAGAGGGAGGUCGUGCGGACGCAGCUGGAGCGCGUGGAAGCGUUAUUGGAGGAGCGGCGCCUGAGCCACUGCGCAUGCGCAGCUCAAACUCUGCAGAGCCAGUUUUCCCAGCCGGACGAGCUCUGUCCACGCCCCGAGGGGAGCAGAACAUGGCCGUCGUGUCCGAUCCAGCACCUCGGCGGCAUCCCUCCGAGCCAAGUGGUGCACAUUGAGAAGAUCAAACUGAAGGAGAUCUCCCUGGCAGGAGACAGCACGGAGUACAGCUUCGAGGUUAAAUGGUCCGAUUCGUCGUCUACGGCUGUGACCAAAAGCCAUCGUGAACUCCAGGACUUUCUUUUGAAGCUGUGUAAGGAGCAGAGCGCAGGAGGUUUCGGGCAAGAUGUUAUCGGAUUACUGAGUCGGGCCGAGGGCGAGCGCAGAGACCUAGAGAAAAGGCUCAGGGCGAGGUUUGCAUCCGUGCCACGGGAGUUCCUACAGAUGUGCCAGGCCUCAGGGUUUUUCCUGCCCGACACGUCUUCCUUACACAGCAGUCACGGUAACAGUACACCUGGAGCCAGAACCCGACAGCCGGCGCCUCACUUCUCAGAGGACUGCUCAGAGACUUCCAGCCUCGAUGAGGACCUUGAUGAAUACGGGGUCUCGCGCUCCAGAACACACAACGCUGGAAACACGGGCCAUGGUAAGCAGCACAAGGACAGCGCUCUGUGGGAGUGCAGCAGGAGGAGUAUGCACGGCGAGCCCUACGGGGAGGUGACGGGGAGGAGGCGCAGCUCCCAGCCGUGUGGGACAGAACCGGAGCAGGAGUGUGAGGAGAGGAAGAUCAAAGCGCGACCGGCAGGCAAAAGGGACAGAGGCAGGAGAGGCCCAGUGGGGAAAAGUUUUGUAGCCAAUGGGAUUCAGAAAGUUCCUGCAGUCCAGAUGAUGAAUCAGGUUACAUGUAAAGCUUCAGGCAGGGACACCUACGGAGACACGUCUUCAGAGAGCUCCAACUCUGUGCCGUCGAGCCCCGUCCACCGUCAGCGUAGCCGGGAGACACAAGACACAGAGAGUCAGUCGGAUAACUCCGUCCCGGAGCCGGCUGACGCACCCCGCCUCCCCCAUGGGCAGGGCACGGUCAGGAAGGCGGUUGCCAUGGUGAACCCGCUGGUGGCGGAACCGGAGCGCGCGGGUGUAGAUCUACCGUCGCACCCCUCAGCCGUGGUGGAGCUGGCGCUGACCUCGUGUCUCCCCUACGCCCUGCAGUACAGCACCGCGCAGAGAGACGCAGGCAAACCUGGAGAGAGCAAACUCACCAUCACCAUCCCUCUGGGCAAACAGGAUACGAGGCCCAGCAUGGCCAUCCCCAGAGACCCCGCCCAGUGCCCACUGCCACCCGCCUUCCCUGAGCCAGCUCAGCCUCAGGCUCCACCCAGCACCAUUGCUGCUCCGGGGAAACCAUGUGCCAAGGCCAGUGCUCAGCCCCAGAGGACUCUCGCUAGCACCAUGUCCGCUCAGAUACCCAGCUCUGCGCCUCUACCGCCCCCCGCUAGCAUGCCCGGCCCGAGCGAGAACGCGGCAUACAUCAGUAGCACUGCGCAGUCACAACCCACAGGCUGUAACACUUGCGGUUGCCGUGGUACCUGUGGAGGCAGUGGAGCCCACCAGUCCCCCGCCAGCUUCUUCCUUCCGGCGCAUCCGGCCCGCCAGAUGUUCGGCCCACCCGGCCCGUUCUUCCAGCUGGCACCGUCGCUGUGCAGCACCACCUUCCCUACACAGGGCCAUCAGGGGAACGGGACUCCACUGCCCUUCUACGCCCACACGUCUCCAAGCGCAGCCUUCGCCAGCAGCGCGCUCCUGCACGCCCACUCGGACCACCUGAUGCCCGCACAGCCCAGCUACACCACCCUGCCCCAGGUCACACCGUUCGGACGCUUCUACCCGCCCGUCUUCCCUCCCGUAGGUGCCAUGCCCGGCGGUGCGGGAAUAAAGAAGAGCAGCACCGUGUCCUGCUAUAACUGCGGCAUGAGCGGCCACUACGCGCAGGACUGCAAGCAGCCGUCUAUGGACGCCGGGCAGUCAGGUGGCUUCCGGCUUAAGUAUGUCGCCCCACAUUCGUCGGAGACACUAGACAAAGCCGAUUGACAGCGAGCUGAGGACCAAGGAGACGCUCGGUCUCGAUUUCUUUAUUAAACACACCAGAGCUCGUGUGUUAAAGCGAUGGGAUUCGCGUGUGUUGUGUUGUGUCGUAUUCGCCACCUCUAUAAGUUCAAGUCCUGGUUUUGCGAGACUCUCGGGACGAACCUGCUCCAAAACACGACUCCGUGACCUUUUUAUUUUUUUGGGGGGCCCCCAGUCUAGAUUCGGUCCGUGACGUCGAAACAGGUUUGGAUUUCGGGCGACGCUUCCAUGUUUUCAUUUAAGCCAGGAUGCGUUCACAUUUACACUGAAGUCUUCGCAUUCGAGCUGAGAGAGGAGACGCGUAAACUUGAGUACUUAACCGCCUCCGGUUUGUUUGUUUGUUUGUUUGUUUUUUGGAAAUGGACGUUUUAUUAUCGAGGCCCGAGGAAGGCUUUGAGAAUCUUUUAUACUUGCAGCUAAUAAGAGAUAAGUUUAUUUACUGUUUAUUUGGGAAGAGUGGAUACAAGAGUUGAGAUAUGUCAUUAAAUGGAAAAGCUUUUUGUUAACACUACAGACUCUUCAGCGUGAGUGUGAUCUGAAUGUAAAACAUAACUGAAGUCAGACGUCGUACUGUGAAAUAAAGUUGUCUCACGCCGUCACGCGCUCCGCUACAACCGUUUGGACAUUAUGCACUAAUAGUAUUGUUUUCCAGAAUCCUGUGUGUGUGUGUGUGUGUGUGUGUGUGUGCACACCAGGUAUCAAAGUGCACUGAUACUCACAGCGUAAGAGUCGCUGCCGUUAACUCGGAUCUGCGUUUAUCCAGCAGGAGGCACCUCUGUGACCGAUGCAUGACGCAUGCGUUUUUUUGUUUUUUUUUGUGGAGCCUCACGCAGACUUGAUCAGCCGCAGCACAAAACGAGCGCACGUCCCGCAGUAGGAUUGACGGUCCUCGCUGCGGAACCUAAAGUCCAGGGGAUGGAGUUGGACCUUAUCCAAUGCUGUAACGUAAAUAAAGUCACAAUAAAGUGACUUUUAUAAUGCGCAUCUCUAACCAGAACCACAUUUAGUUGGCUCCACUCCCUGGACUUUAACGGUUUGAUUCCAGGCAGAUGGGAGGAGCAGGAAGAGGUCCGACUCUGACUCCUACCGGACGUCUGUGUUCACUUUCACACAGGCAGGAGGAUCCGGUGCAGGUCCGACGCUACCUCCUGGAUCUUUGGUUCAAAUGUGCGCAGGUAGGAGGAUCCGGAUCAGGACCUCAUGGACUUUCAAUACAAUAACACCCAAGGAGGAGGGUCCGGAUCAGGUCCGACUCCACCUGCUGGACUUUCAUUACAAUUACACCCAAGGAGGAGGAUCCUGAUCAGUUCCGACUCCACCUCCUGGAUUUUCAUUACAAUUCCGCCCAGGUAAGAGCAGCCGGAUCAGAUCCGACUCCACCCUCCCUAGACUUUGGGUUCUGCAGCGAGGGCUACAUCCCGGCAGCCGGACCACGCCACCGCUCUUGCACUCGCAUUCAGAUUUCAAACAAGGUCUUUUGUGUGCGUCGCCUCUUUCAAGCCUUAUGAAUAGAAACAUGACAAAGACUCUGUUGAGGACGUUGUAGCUACAGAGAGCAAGGAAAGGAGGCCACGUCUCACCCUGAAGAUUUAUUUUUGACUUUUUGAGGAUGUCAAAAUGAUCCUGCCUGCUUAUUAAAACCUUAUUUUCUAAUUAUUAGGUGGCAUAUAUAUAUUUAUAUAUAUAUAUAUAUAUUUGUGCUGAUUGCCACAAGAUGUUUUGAUUUUCAAAAGUCUUAAUUUGUGUAAGUUGUGUAACUAUUCAGUCUUGAGGUUGUGAUCAUUAUUGAAGAAGAAGGGCGGGGGGAGCAUAUCUUAAAUUGCCAAAGCCACAGAAAUAUUUGUUUUUUCUAUGGAGAGAUUUGGCUUGUUUUUGUACUGAUUAAUAGAGAGUCAGGAUGUCAUUUUGAUGUUCAGGAGAACCAGACUGAGAACCUGAGGCCUUUAAAUUGUUGCAGAUUGGCAGAUGUUUGGCCAGUUGGUUUCAAUUUUAUGCCAGGCAUUGCCUUUGUAAACCUUUAUUAUUAUUAUUACUAUUAUUAUUAUUAUUAUUAUUUUGUUUGCAUGUUCUGAGAUGUUAAGUUUCAGUCUGGAAGACGAACCCAGGAACCCUGCCAACUGUAUUAGUCAAAAACUUUUAGAGGUGUAAAAGGUUUACGAUGCUGUACUGUAUAAAAGAGUUUGUUUUUAUUUAGGCCUCGGAGAUUGUUUAUUGUAUUUCAAGUGUAAAUGUUUGAUUAACAUGGAGGUUACAAGUUAUCUCUGAUCGUAUUUGCAUUUUAAGCAAAUGGAGCAUUUUUCUCUGUUGAAUUAUUAGCAAUAAAUGUUGGAGAAAAAAAAAAAAAAAAAAGCAACUCAGUCGUCGUCUUGCUGUAUAUUACACUGUGCAACCACUAGGGGGCAGAAUUUAACAACAUAAUGGACUAAA